UUUUAAAUCAGAAGUGACAGUAGUCUUUCAUCAUCUGGCCAGCAGUUUGAGUUUGAGGAUUUGAGUUCUCUUUUCUAAAUACAAUAUUUCUAAAGUAAAUAAGCAGUCUGGCAAGCCUUGUGCCAAAGUAUUCUGAACUUGGAGAGAAGCCAGGGUCAGAGCAGCUUUGAAGGGGAAGGGCAGCAUCAGGAGGACUUGGAUGAGGGUUUGUCCAGUCAGGAUGUCCCUCCUGAAGGAGGCCAGCCCCAGGCUGUGGAGUAUCCGGAGCUCGGAGCAGGUGGCUCUGGCUAAAAGAGCAGCACAGAUCACAGCAGAGCUUCAACAAGGAGUGACAAGGCCCUACAAGAAUGUGAUUGAUUGUUCUUGGGGUGACCCACACAGAGGAGGACUAAAACCCUUAACUUUUGUCCGCCAGGUUGUUGCUGCCUGUUUGUACCCCUCUUUGCUAAACUCUGACGUGCUGCCUGUUGAUGUACAACAGAAAGCCAAGGGCUUGUUAGAGGAGUGCGGGGGUGGAAGCGUAGGCUCAUACACCUCAACAGCUGGAAUCCCCAAAAUUGUACAGAGUGUGUCUGAGUUCAUUUCACAAAGAGAUGGGGUUGGGCCAUCCUCACCAGAGAACAUUUUUAUUACCUCUGGUUCUCAGCGAUCCCUUAUGAUGGUGCUGAAAACUUUUGUCAAGAAUGAAGGCUCCAUACAGACUGGUGUGCUUUCGCCUGUACCAUCAUAUCCCUACUUCAACAUGGCACUGUCAAUGCAAGGAGGUGCCAUGGUGCCUUACCACCUGUGUGAGGAGCAGGGCUGGGAACUGAAAGUGGAUGAGUUGAGCAGAGUCCUCCAUGCUGCCAGGGGGCACUGCAGUCCCAUGGCACUCUAUGUUAUUAACCCUGGCAACCCAACGGGUCAAGUCCAGAGCAGGAAGUCUAUUGAGGACGUGAUUCGAUUUGCUGCUGAGGAAAAGCUGUUCCUGCUGGUAGAUGAGGUAUACCAGGAUAGUGUGCAUGAUCCAGAGUGUGAGUUUGUGUCUUAUAAGAAAGUGCUUUUUAAGAUGGGCCCACCAUAUUCCAGCUCUGUGGAGUUGGCCUCCUUCAACUCCAUCUCGAAAGGAUACUUUGGCGAAUCUGGUUUGCGUGGCGGCUAUGUGGAGUUUGUGAACCUGGACCCUGCAGUGAUGGGACACGUGUACACCUUGUUUUCCACGGACACCUGCUCACCUGUCUUAGGGCAGAUCAUUCUGGAUAUCAUGGCUCAUCCACCUCAACCAGGAGAUCCUUCCUACCCAACAUUCUCUGAAGAAGUCAGAGCCAUAAAGAACACACUGGCCAGUAAUGCGCACAGGAUCCAAACAGUUCUUGGUGCCCUACCUGGAAUCAGUGUCCAGCCCAUCAAAGGGGGCAUAUUUGCUUUCCCUCAGGUCCAUAUCCCACCACGUGCCAUACAGCAGGCUAAGGAGGCUGGCAUGGAGCCUGAUGUUUUCUACGCCAGUUGCCUUCUGGAGGAGACUGGGCUGUGUGUGGGAGCAGGCUGUGAGCAUGGCCAGAGCGAAGGCACUCACCACAUCAGACUGUGCAUCGCAACCCCAACAGAGAACAUGGAGGAGGUGCUGACCAGACUGUCCACAUUCCACCUCAGCUUCCUGAGCCGCUUCUCCUGACCAGGCUGAGGACACGACUCCUGCGGUGCCCAUCUACGUGUCCA